AUGGCCCUACUCCCCGAACUGUUGAUCGAGAUCAUCUCACACAUUGCUACACCCGCAAACGAUCUUGCGUAUUCUCUCCCACCCGCGAACCGAAAGGCCUUGUACGUGCUGUGCCUCACCUCCGCCGCAUGCCGGUCGAUCGCACUCCCCCACCUGUACCGCCGCAUCUACAUUCAGAUGGCGUCGCAGAUCCCCAGUCUGCAGCAGGGCACACACAUCAAGAAGCAUACGCGAACACUUGCGGUCGGCCCGCUCAGCUUCGAACCCGAGAUCGCGCAGCUCGUGUGUGGCCUCCUGGCUACGCUCUCUAGCAGCCUGGAACGCCUGCUCAUCAGUUGUUGGGGAGGGCAGACGGACGCUGAGCGUUCUGCGUUAGCGGGAUGCAGCGGGCUGCAGGAGUUCAUCCUCCCGCGAGAGAGUAACUUUUGGGGCUUGUACACCGCCAGCGAUCAGGGACUGCACAUGACGCUGCCCAGGAGCUGGGUAGGGAUCCGCCGGCUGAGUCUGUACCGUGUCCAUCUAGAGGACUUCCUUCUCGCUCAAGGACAUUUCCCUCAGUUGGAGAGCUUGUGCCUGAGUGACUGCUGGCUUCCAACGUCCGGCCAGGUGUCGCCAGCGUUCACAAGGUUCGUCAGGGAGCUGUCAGGGUCGAGGCAGGUGUUCUUUAUGGUUUACACCGAGGAGGCGGGAUUGGCGAAGGAACUGAUCCGCGCGCUUAGGGCGGUGAUAGGGGAUAACGAGGUCGUAUUUGGGCUCAGAGUGGUGAAUCUGAUCGAGGAGAGGUUCAAGGGCGGAAUUCCGGAAAUCCGCAACACACGAGACGCCCUAAUCGUCUUCGAGGCGGUUAGGAUGGGCAUCUUGCCCCUAAUACGACGCCGGCUGAACGUCGACGAAGGGAAAGAGUUCAUUCAAGACGGCGCCGUUUUCGUAUGGGAGGAAUACGACUUCAUUCAAGGUGUUGAUGGCUCCGGUGGGAGUUUCCAACGUUGGACCGACAGGAUGAAGUGGUCUCAGAGCAAGGUUGAAGGCCCUUUCUUGUACUAUGAGGAGAAGGUUGACCUGCCUCCCGGAGCAGAGAAAGUACACCCCUCUUUCCACGCAAAAUCCCGCACACGUCCCGUUAAACCGGACGGAAUGACGAAACAAACCUUCUCCGCCACCGCCCUGUUCACCGACCCAAGCGCUCCGAAGACGAAGAAACCCCGCAAGUGGCACUUGACGACCUAUUUCCGCAGAAGCACCUGGCCCACCUUGCCGACGAUCGAGUCGGAUCCCGACCUCAAGGACAUCACCAUUGUUGAUGGUAUGUUCGAGACGAAGGGCCUCAGACCGGGCACGCACACGGCAUUCCAAAGCUGA